AAUUUCUAUUUUGUAAUCAAUAUAGAGACAUAGGAAGUAUUAUAUCGGUCCGGAAUUUAAUCAUUUCACAGUUAUAUUAAUUCUAGCUUAAUUUCAAGCAAAUACUCCAUCCGUCCACAAAUAAACUUUACAUUGCGUGUUACGAUGUUUUAUUGAAGUUAUUUUCAAAUCAUUUAAUAUGAAAAAUGGUGUAGAAUUGAAAAAUAAAAAUUACAUAUUAAAAAACUAUAUCAAAAGAUAUACAAAACUAGAGGUAUACAAAACUAGAGGUGACAUGACUAUAAUAUUUUAUCAAAUGGAUGACGAAAAUAGGCCAACAAUAGUGAAUAAAGUUUGAUAAUGUGAAUAGUGGACAUAAAGUUUAUUUGUGAACGGAGGGAGUAUAUAUUUCAUCACUUUCAUUAUUCAAACUCUCUCUCUAUAUAUACACACACACACGUACAGGUGUGGCGUCAACACUCCCAAUGGAGAGGGAAGGUAUGAAGAAGGCCCAAGAAGAUAAUGCAGCUCAAGUACUAUCAAGGGCCUUGCAAAUAUGCAAGGAAAGCAAUGUGAAGGUGAAGGUGGAGACAUUGGUUAUGGAAGGAGAUGCGAAGGAUACAAUUUGCGAGGCAGCGGAGGCGAUGCACAUUGAUGUUCUGGUGGUGGGGAGUCGGGGCCUUGGCAAAAUCAAAAGGGCUUUUCUUGGGAGUGUGAGCGACUAUUGCGCUCAUCAUGCCCGUUGCCCCGUUCUCAUCGUCAAGCCCCCGCCACCACCACCCAAGCAUUAAUUAAUUUACCAAUCAAGAAUAACUACUCCUCCCGUCUAAAAAUAUAUUUUUCAUUCAAAAAAAAUAAAGAGCUUUUCAUUCGGCGUGUAUACUAGAUAUACAAUUUUCCCUGCAUAUUGCCACCGACUAUUUCUAUUAGU